AUGAAGCGUAUUCUCUUGGUGGGCUCCGGCGGUGUCGGCACCAUCGCCUCCUUUACUCUAGACUCAUGCAGCGAUGUUGAGGUCACUACCGUGGUGAGAUCCGAUUAUGUCACCGUGGCCGCAAAUGGCUAUAAAAUCGAGUCCGUGGACCAUGGAAACAUUGACUGUUACAGGCCCUCAAAAAUCGUCAGGUCCAUUGACGCAGCUAGCGCUGAGGCCCCAUACGACUAUGUCGUUAUAUGCACCAAAAAUACCCCGGACAUCUUCCCGUUGGAGGAGUUGGUGGCACCUGUCAUUAGCACACAAACGGUGGUUGUGCUUGUGCAAAACGGAAUCAAUAUCGAAGAGGCGUUCUUUAAGAAAUUUCCGCAAAAUGUGGUCUUGAGUGGGGUCUCGAUGAUUUCGUCCACCAACUACGGCGGGGUAAUCAGUCACGUGAGUCACGACUCCCUCAAAAUCGGGUAUUUCCCCAACAUCAACUUGCCCCGGGAUCUUCAGGAAAAAGUGGCGCGGGAAUUUGUAGGUUACUACCAAACUGGAAAAAACACGUGUGUUUACGAUCCCGACGUCAAGUUCACCCGCUGGAACAAAUUGGUGUACAACGCGACGCUUAACCCGAUCUGCGCAUUGACCAAUGUUGAUGUGGGUCGCUUGGAGAUGUUUGGCGGCAUCGAUACCUUGGUGCGCGGCGCCAUGAAGGAAGUCAUGGCGGUUGCAAAAGCGGAUGGCGUGGAUUUGCCUUUCGAGGUCAUGGAGCUGAUGAUUCGCUCCGACGACGGCGUGUACUAUGCCCCGCUGAUGCUUGUUGAUAUCAGAAAAGGCAACUACGUGGAGCUUGAGGUCAUCUGCGGCAACCCGGUGAAAAUCGCCCAGAAGCUAUGCGUGGACGCCCCGAUUCUCACGAUUGUUUACAGCUUGCUUCUGGUCGUGCAAAAACGUCUCAUGGAAGCUAAGGGCAAGAUCAAUGUCCCGGAAAAGCGGCCCAUGCCCGCGGCCGGCUAA